AUGCUUAAUCGAGAUGAAUGGCUUAUUGCCACCACAUAUGGCAACAAAGAGGUUUAUAAAAGAAGACAACUUUGGGAAGAUCUACAAACAUUCACUAAUUCUUGCAUUCCUUGCAUUUUUGGAGGAGACUUUAACUGCAUUCUUUCUCAAGAGGAGAAGAGAGGUGGGAAGAGAUUUGUUUUCUCUCAAGGACCUCAAGAUAUGCAAAUUUUUAUGAAGAGAUGUGAUUUUCAUGACAUUGGGACUAUAGGUCGCAAAUUUACUUGGUGCAAUAACAAGAAAGGGGGAGCACGGAUCCUUGAAAGGAUGGACCGUUGUUUACUAAAUUCAGCAGCCUUGACGAUCAUACAACCUAAUGCCCUUCAUCUUCUUGGAAGAAAUGCUUUAGACCACUGCCCAAUAGACAUUAAUAUUUGUAGUUCGGGGUUUAAGAAGAAUAGAAGACUACAGUUCGAAGAAGUUUGGACCUCUUAUCCAGCUUCUAAGGGUAUUGUGGUCAAUUUAUGGAAGAAGCCAACAGGAGUGGCUUCGGCGAGACGGAACAGCAACCAUGUUAGACAAAUUAGAAGCUCAGAUGGCACUCUGACUGAAGAACAAAGAUGUAUUGAAGAAAUUUUCUCAAAUCACUUCCAGGAAAAAUGGAAAUUCAGGAGAUGCUCUCACACCAGCUGGCCUAAUAUUUCCAGAUCCCUUGAUGAAGUUGACAAGGAACAACUUAUGGCAAACUUAUCUGAGGAAGAAUUGGAGAAAGUUAUCUCACAUUUGGAAAGCAAUAUUUCACCUGGCAUUGAUGCAUUCAUCAAAGGAAGAUCAAUUUCUGAAGAUAUUCUGCUCACCCAAGAAAUAUUCCAUAAAUUCAGAAACUCUAAAGCUAAGAAAGGUUUGAUGUCCAUUAAGGUGUACAUGGAGCACACAUAUGAUAGUAUGGGGUGGAACACAUUAAAAAAUGUUUUGGAUCUUUUUGGCUUUCCAAGUUUUUUUGUAAACCUCCUAAUCCAAUGUGUGGUGGACACCAAGUAUUCUAUUAAUGUUAAUGGUAGGAAUACUAAUUGGAUUCGAGCUGAAUGUGGCUUUAGGCAACAAUGCCCUCUAUCCCCAUAUUUGUUUAUCAUGUGCUCUCAACUUCUCACCAAAGUGUUCAAUAGAGAUGGAGCCAAGAUAGGAGUGAAGGUGGCAUCAAAUGCAGAAAAUUUUUCUCAUCUUCAGUAUGCUGAUGAUACUAUUAUUUUUGUGGAAGUUAAUAGAAGAAAUGCUAUUAAAAUUAAAAAAAUAUUAAAGAAGUAUAGUGGCUGGACAGGGCAGAAGGAUGUAUUGGAAAAAGCUUUUGAUAAACUUAAUGUUUGGGGCAACCACUCUCUCACUUUAGCUGGUAAGCUUCAGUUGAUUAAAUCAGCACUCUUAUCCAUUCUAAUUUUCAUCUCUACCCAUUCCCUUGUGCGAAUGGGAGUGUUAAGAGAACUUGAUAAGUUGGGUAGGAAUUUUCUUUGGAGUAAACUGGUACAUGGCUCGGUGGAAGAUAGCAUAUCAGCUAUUACAACCAAUGCAAUCAGUUUUGCUUCUUCUUCCUUUAGUCAAGAUAUCAUUUCAGCUAACUGGGUUUCUAAUCAGCAUUCGUUGUUUCAAGAUACUUGGAAACCCCCUCCAACUGAAUGGAUCAAACUAAAUGUGGAUGCUUCUCUUGACAACAACUAUUCUGUAGGAAUUGGUGGAGUUAUUAGAGACUACAAGGGUAGAUUUUUAUUUGCCUUUGGUUUCAAAAGUAUACAUUGGGUUAUCUCAGCACUUGAAUUGGAUGCUUUGAUGGCUUUAAAUAAGAUUACUCAAGAGUGGAUGUAUGAAGCUAAAGGUAUCAUUAUAGAAGGAGACAACUACAAUAUUAUGAAGCAUAUCCAAGAAAUUUUUAAGAAGGGUCCAACUGUAAGUAAUCAUCCCUAG